AAGUAUCAAAAACAUCGAUAAAGAGACGAAGCCAUUGACAAAUAUUUGAACUCGUUCGAAUGACGUCAUGGCAAAUUUGUCUGCUAUCGAAUCGUCGUAUCGAUUUGUCGCAAUCGAUUGUCAACUCGCAGUAACAGCUGUAGACGCAACAUGCAACAGACGCAUGGUCAUCAACAGUAAUUACGAUUACGACAGUUCGUCAACCGGUGAUUCACUAUCGAUAUUUCAAUAGCAAUUAGUUUUGAAGUGUUGUUAAUAAUUGACCAAGCGAGAUGAACGCACCUCCGACCUUUGAGUCAUUCUUAUUAUAUGAGGGAGAAAAAAAGAUUAUAAAGGAACAGGACACCAAAGUACCAAAUGCUGCGAUUUUUACGAUUAACAAGGAAGAUCACACGUUGGGAAAUAUGAUCCGCAAUCAGUUAUUGAAGGAUCCUCAAGUAUUAUUCGCUGGCUACAAAGUUCCUCAUCCCCUGGAACACAAAUUUGUUAUUAGAAUACAGACAACUUCUGAUUAUACUCCACACGAAGCAUUUAUGCAUGCCAUCACUGAUUUGAUCGCAGAACUCUCGUUGUUCGAAGAACGUUUUAAGGUAUACUCAUAUAUAAGAUAUAAAACACAUAACAAAUACAAUCGUGUAAAUAAUUACAUUAUGAAGGAUUUGAUUGAAUCCAAGCAGAAUGUUAAAGAGGCUGGGAAUAAUUAG